AUGGCGGACGAGCCGCAAGUGCAAUCACAGCCGAAACUGCCCAAGGCACUCUUUCCUCAUAGCUCAGCGCAUGCCCUAGCGAGUUCCUCGUAUUCGUCGGAAACAAAAAAGAAUGAUUCGACAACAUCAAAUCGCUCAGGCGGGUCGACGGUCGAUCAGGAUGGCAAGUCAUACGUCCUAGACAAGAAUGGGAAACCAUGCCGCCUCUGCACCUCAGCCGCCGCAUGGCGCAAUCUAACAAAACAAUCCAAAGCCGCAACCGCAACCUCAACCUCAACCGCAACCGCAGCCUCUACUUCUACAAACCCCAUCGCCCAAGAAACCCAGAACGACACCCGCGACUGCCCACCGGACGUUGAAGAGCUAGGCCGCUCGACCUGGACCCUUCUCCACAGCUUAACAGCAACGUACCCGGAAAAGGCGUCCCAGGGUGAACAAUCCGAGAUGCGGUCUUUCCUGACGCUGUUCUCGAAAUUGUAUCCGUGCUGGGUAUGCGCGGACGACUUUCGGACGUGGAUAGCAGAGCCGAGUGGGAAGAACCAGCCGCAGCUAGGCGGGAGAAAGGAGUUUGGAAAUUGGAUGUGUGAGGCGCAUAAUGAAGUGAAUCGGAAGCUGGGGAAGAAGGAGUUUGAUUGCCGGUUUUGGGAGGAGAGGUGGAAGGACGGGUGGAAGGACGGGAGGUGUGAUUGA